AUGAACCGGACGCCUAAAGCAAACGAGUUGAACUACAGUACCGUGGAUAAAGAAGUGUUGGCGUUGUUGCGGAUACUGAUUUGUGUUAUGAUGCUGGUCACCCGAUCUUUCAAAGUAUUAACGAGACACUCGACGUUGGUCUGGCUGGUCAAAUCCUCUGGAUUGCGGAGGCGUUUGGGAAAUUGGGCCGCUCUCUUGUCCCAGUGUACACUAGUGAUUGUAAAGUGCAAGAAAGGCAAAUACCAGGUGCUGGGGGUGUUUGCAGUCAGUAUUACCCUUCGCGAGAGUGUAGACUCGAUCCUAUCGGCUAUCACACCUAAGAAACAGGCGAAGAAGAAGACCGACCUACCUACGCCUACUGUGGAAAACGACGAGGAGCUUCAUGUACUGAGCUUUGAUGUAGCGGAUCGUGUGAAACAAAGAGGAGGAGCUUGUAGCGCCAGCGCAUGGAGCCUGCCUACGUGGUUGGUAGUAAGCGCUGCCUCCAAGUACCUCAAGGAAUCCACGGUGAAUGAGGCCGAAUAUGAAGGCAUGUUGCUGGGUUUCGAGUUUCUAGAACGUUUGGAGCGACGUCUACUAAUCAUCUGUGGAGACUCCAAUCUGUUUGUCCGGCAGACGCGAGGAGAUAUCUAG